AUGAGUGGGCCUGUGUCCGCUCGGGUGGGCUGCAGCGCUGCUCCUCCAAGGGUGAGCUAUGACCGACCAGGAGACGGGCCUCCCAUGGGUGCUGCAGUGGAGCAGAGGUGUCCCGGGAGGGGGAGCCAGGCAGAGGCCCAGGCAGCAGGCACGCCUGUGUUCCUGCUGUGCUGGGGAAAGCAAGACACAGCCAUGUGGCAGCUGCGUCCUUGCCGAAACCUGCGCGUGGCUGGCGACUAUCACCAGAGCAGAACCAAGGUGCUGCACCUGAGCAUGAACCCAGCCAGCACGGCAAGGCAGCGCCUCCGUGAGGACUGCGUGCAGCUGCAGGAGGAGUGCAGGGGGCUGUGCGGGCUCGUGCAUGCCCUGGAGAGCGGCCACCCCACCCUGGCCGACCUGGAGGUCGCCGUGGGGCUGCCGUCAUCUGAGGAGGUGGCAGAGCUGAAGAAGCAGGUGGAAAGUGCUGAGCUAAAAAACCAGAGGCUCAAGGAGGUGUUCCAGACCAAGAUCCAGGAGUUCCGCAAAGUGUGCUACGCGCUCACGGGCUACCAGAUAGAUGUCACCACGGAGAGCCAGUACCGGCUGACAUCCAUGUACGCCGAGCACAAGGCUGACUGCCUCAUUUUCAAGGCGCAGGGCUGGAGCCAGAGCACGAAGCCAGGAGUGGGUGCCCCGGGGUUGCCAUGGCAAUGGUUCUUCACUGAAGGAGGGAGGAAUUAGGGGCUCUGGAGGCCCAGCCCUGCUGGACGGCUUCCAAGAGCAGCAGCCUUCUCCUCCAUCUCCGCAGUGCAGCAUCCCUUGUCAGCUGUUGACCUGGAACCCACUUGUCUGACACCUGCAGCCCUACAUGUCCUCUGGGGCACUGACAGUGACCAUGGCUCUUCGUCUGAGUGCAUGGCCGUGGUCGAGCAUCCAGACCCACAACAAGCUGCCUUCCUCUUUCUGUGCGGCACAAAGCUGAGGCAGGAGCUACUCGGGGCAGCCUGCGAGCAGCGAGCCUGAGAGGAGGCUGCACAGCCCGUUUGGUGGGCCUGGGUGGGUGCCCAAUGCCAGGAAGGGUCAGGGUCACUCAGCAAGCCAGGCAGGGCCCAGCUGGAGCCACCGUCUCUCCAGCCCCAGCCUGUCUCUGCUCUGCUCUGUUGUUUGCCGCUCAUGGGGGCUGCAUGGUCCCAGGUCCAAGGCCUGGCCGAGGGAAGCAAGUGAGCUGGAACUGGAGGUCUGAGGGCUUCCACAGAGGAGCCGGGGGGACCUGAGCAUGUCCUCCUUCACCUCCUCCCUUGACAGGUAGUCAGGACCACACAGGUACCUUUCAGAAGAAGUCGGCCGGGAGCGCAUUCCAAUCUCCUGCAGUAACAGUGAGAUCUAGGUAGAUGCUUUAAUUUGAAUUUACCUUUUUUGGGUCUCCUGAAUUUCAAAUAGAGCUGCUUUGAAUGCAUGCUGACUUCAAAACCUUUCAUUUUUCCAAUGGAGGAAGCCAGGCUGAGCAGGCAUUGGAAUUAGAAUGACUCAGGAUGUCCAAGCAGCCACAUAAAAUGAGUCGUGGCCCAGGUUCCUCUCUGCCCAGACACACCAGCCUCUGGGGACAAGGGUGAGAGAGGCCAGGGCUGUGUUAUCUGGAGGACACCCCAGAGCCACUGCUUGGUGGUAUAUAUUGCUGGGCCUGACUGUUUGGGGAUCUGGAGGUAGGAUUGGAGAGCAGAGGGAUCCCAGGACACAGCCUUCAGCUCAGCAUAAGGCUUACCGACCUCAGGUGAAAAUUCACAAAGCCAACUGGCAUGUAGUGAGUGCUGCAUUCCCCGUCACCGGAAGCCUUUGGGAAGAGGCCCAUGACUUCUGGCAAAAACAAGGAGUGAAACCAGGGAUGAACUAGGCAGCAGCUUCUUCUCAAGAAUAUGAGCCAUCUCCUCCCAGCAGUCAGUGGGCUCCUGACAGUGUGAACAAUACAGUGCAGUGGAAAGAGCUGAUUCCAAUUCCAGCAGCUGGUGCAAAGGCCCUGUGGUGAGGGAGUCCUCCAAACUGAAAUGGUGGGUAGGGAUAAACCCCAGGGAUUGUGGAGGAGCAUGGUCUAAGGGAAGGCUGGUGAGGGGGCAGGGCCUGGGGCACUCAGGGCCUUGAAGCAUGGGGCAGAGAGCUGCGUCUUUUUCCUAAGAGCAGCAGGAGCUCAUUAAGGAGUUUCUGAGAAAGGAAGUUAGGGCCUCAAGCUGGCAUCUGGAGAUUCUGGGUAGAGGUGGGCUUAGCGGGGAGGGGUGGUGAGUGGGGCCUGCUGUUCCCUGGCCACCACCUUGGCCUGGCCCUGCAGCUGCAGACCCUCUUCCAGACCUUCGUAGUUGGGGGCUGAGGGGGCUGGUGCACAUUGGGGGCAUGUCUCCCCAGCACCAGGUAUAGGCAGGCAGAGGCUCCAGUGCAGGAGAUCCAAGGACUGUGAGCAAGCCUGGGGCUCAGUCACCUUCCUUGCUGCCAGCCACUUACCUGUUGACCAAACACAGAGUUACUAGUAUCUGUAGCUUCCUAAUAAUAAAAGAAAAUACAUCAGAGUAUAAUGAAGCGUAUAGAAUAAAACUGAAAUCACUCAUGACCCCGUCUCCUCUUGACGUCACCUCCCUGUUAGCACUGAUGGUUUCUGGCCAGUGUCCCCAUGGGUUUCCACGUUCACACUUAUUUUCUGGUCAAAUAGAGGCCGUAAUGUGUAGUUUGUUUCUGCUUCUUUGACACUAGAUCAUGAGCACUCUCUGCCAAUGUUUCCAUAAUGUGCAAUUUUGUGGUGGGGCCAUAAUCUAUUUAAUAUAUUUCCUCUUGGUCACACAUUCAACUAGUUCCUCUAUUUGUUAUUUACUUAUUUCCUAUUAUAAAACAGUAUUGUGGUGAUAAUGCAUUCGUACAAAUCACU